AUGCAUAUAUUGACCUUAUCGGCGCAUCAGCGAACAGACGAAAGAGGAAAAUACUCAUGUGACCCAAUUGAUCUCCAGGUUGUCAACGACGACGGACCGCCCUCGCGGCGUCUCUCCCCAUACAUUCGCCCUUUCGUCGACGCCCUCGAAGCCGCAGGCCACCAAGUCUCCGUCGCAAUCCCAGCCCGCUCCCGAUCCUGGAUCGGCAAAGCGCACAUCAUCGAAGCCACCCAAGAAGCAACCUACGUGCCGCCGGACGCCUUCCGGGAAGACGGCACCUGGGACGACACGCACGAGCAUGACGCCUCCCAGUCCGAAUGGGCCGUCAUCACAAACGGCACCCCCGCCAGCUGCACGCAGCUCGGCCUCUUCAACCUCUUCGCCGACCGCGCCCCCAUUGACCUCGUGAUCUCGGGGCCCAACCACGGCCGCAACGCCUCAACCAUCUACAACCUCUCCUCCGGCACCGUCGGCGGCGCCCUCGAGGCCGCCAUCUGCGGCAAGCGCGGCAUCGCCAUCUCCUUCGGCAGCAAGGACGAGCAGCCCGCCCCCGUCAUCCGCGCCGCCGCCCGCCUCGCCGUCCGCAUCGUCAACCACCUCGCCCGCAAUUGGGACCCGCGCGUCGAGCUCUACAACAUCAACGUCCCCAUGCGCGACGACGUCGAGUCCAGACCCGUCCGCUACACCCAUACCCUCCCUUACUACUGGUCCACGGGCUGUCUGUACGCCGAAGUCGCUGCUCCCGAGAAGAAUGGGACGGCGGCGGCGUCGUCGUCGUCGUCGUCGUCGUCAUCGGGCCUGGCCAACGGACACUCGAACCACGUCGGCGGCGACGAGAAGCGUGUGAAACUGUCGAAUGGCACCGCGAAAGCCGUCAACGGGUGCGGCGGCGCGCAUCUCAAGAAGCGCAAGUUCGUCUGGGCGGCGGAAUUGUCCGAGAUGAAGAAGGCGCUGCAGGCGAGUGAGGAGGGGACGGAUGCGCAUACGGUUCUGAAUGGGAGUACCAGUGUGACUCCCCUGACUGCGAGCUUCUCGCAUGUUCCUGGCCUCGCUGGACCUUUGAAACUUGAUGAUUGA